UGUUGUUUGUGUUCCAGGGCAUCAGAACUGGCUGUUUCUUUGGAUGCGCUUCCUCUGAACGAGAUCCCUGCAGCGCCGGAGCUCACCGAGGAGGACGCCCGGGAUUUGGAUGCCCUGUGUCUGGCUAAAUCACACUUUGAGCUGAAGGAAUAUGAUCGAGCUGCAUAUUUUCUCCGCGGCUGCCGGAGUCAGAAAGCAUAUUUUCUCUAUAUGUAUUCGCGCUACCUAUCAGGCGAAAAGAAGAAAGACGACGAGACCGUCGACAGCCUGGGUCCUCUGGAGAAGGGUCAGGUCCGAAACGAAGCCCUGCGAGAGCUCAGGGUGGAGCUGAGCAAGAAACACAGCGCCGGAGAGCUGGACGGGUUUGCGCUCUAUCUUUAUGGGGUGGUUCUGCGGAAGCUGGAUUUGCUGAAGGAGGCGGUGGAGAUCUUUGUGGCGGCGACACAUGCUCUGCCUCUGCACUGGGGAUCCUGGCUGGAGCUCUGCAAUCUCAUCACCAACAUCGAAAUGCUGAAGUCCCUGUCUCUGCCGGAGUGCUGGGUGAGGGAUUUCUUCAUGGCACACAUGUUCACCGAGCUGCAGAUGAUCAAAGAGGCGCUGCAGAAAUACCAGAGCCUCAUGGAAGCAGGCUUCGCCAAAAGCACAUACAUCAUCUCCCAGAUCGCCGUGGCUUACCAUAACAUACGAGAUAUUGAUCAAGCCUUAUAUCUGUUCAAUGAACUCCGGGAACAGGAUCCUUUCCGCAUCGAGAACAUGGACACCUUCUCCAACCUGCUUUAUGUGCGGAGCAUGAAGCCGGAGCUCAGUUACCUGGCACACAAUCUGGUGGAGAUUGAUAAGUACCGAGUGGAGACGUGCUGCGUCAUCGGUAACUACUACAGUCUGCGGUCUCAGCACGAGAAGGCCGCUCUGUAUUUCCAGCGGGCUCUGAAGCUGAAUCCACGCUGUCUGGGGGCCUGGACCCUCAUGGGUCACGAGUACAUGGAGAUGAAGAACACCUCCGCUGCCAUCCAGGCCUACAGGCAUGCAAUUGAAGUGAACAAAAGGGACUACCGGGCCUGGUACGGACUCGGACAGACCUAUGAGAUCCUCAAGAUGCCCUUCUACUCGCUCUACUACUACAGAAAAGCUCAUCAUCUGAGGCCUAAUGACUCGCGAAUGCUCGUCGCUCUCGGGGAAUGUUACGAGAAGCUGUCUCAGCAAGUGGAGGCCAAGAAGUGUUACUGGAGGGCGUAUUCGGUCGGAGAUGUGGAGAGAAUGGCUCUUCUGAAGCUGGCCAAGCUUCACGAGCAGCUGAAUGAAUCUGAUGACGCUGCACAAUGCUACAUCAUCUACAUCCAGGACAUUUUCUCAUGUGGUGAGCAGCUGGAGCACGCUGAGGUCAGCACCGCUCUCAGGUAUCUGGGUCAGUACUACUUCAAGAACAAGCUGUACGACGAGGCGUCUCUCUGCGCUCAGCGCUGCUGCGAUUAUAACGACGCGCGAGAGGAAGGCAAGGCUUUGUUGAGGCAGAUCUCUGCGGUGCGAGAGCAAGGAGAGCCUUCAUCCACAGACCUGUCUUUAGCCUGCGUCUUCAACCCACUGAUCAACACCACCACACCCGUCAGGAGAGCGUCUCCACUCGACCUGUCCUCCGUCACACCCUGACACAACUGUUCGUACA